GAACGCCCCGUGGAAGAAAAUGAGUAAAAGUUGAUCCAAACUUGUGACCAAUCGCAAUUCAUUCAUCCGUUGAACCCAAUCGCUCGCGGCAGCUCUUUCAAUGACGAACCUCUGCACCACUCUUUCUUCUUCUUGUUCUAAUACUUCACCUUUCAUCUUCAGCGUUCAACCUCUCAAAUUAUACAAUGCAACACGGAAGAAACAUCGUAGCAGAAAUUUUAUGCUCAAAAUGUGCUCCUCCAUUCCUCAAAACGCCACCGUUGUCGGUUGUGGAUCGCUGUCCGUUGAUUUCUUGGCCACUGUUGCUGCUUACCCUAAACCAGAUGACAAAAUCAGAACUACCACCUUGAAGGUUCAAGGCGGUGGCAAUGCAGGCAAUGCUUUAACUUGCCUUGCUCGCUUAGGUCUAAACACAAGGAUCAUUUCUAAGAUUGCAGAUGACAGCCAAGGCAGGGGUAUAUUAGAUGAGUUACGGGCUGAUGGUGUAGAUACAUCCUUUCUUGUGGUAUCGGAAGAGGGAACUUCACCAUUUACAUAUAUUAUUGUCGACAACGAAACGAAGACUCGUACAUGUAUUCAUACCCCUGGAUAUCCUCCAAUGAUACCCCAAGAUCUUUCAGAGUCAAGUUUGGUAUCUGCAUUGGAUGGAGCAAGCAUUGCAUAUUUUGAUGGGAGGUUGUAUGAAACUGCUCUAGUUGUUGCCCAUGAGGCAGCUAGGAAGAAUAUACCCAUCUUAAUUGAUGCAGAAAGACCAAGGGAAGGGUUGGAUGAUCUCCUGAAAUUAGCUGAUUAUGUUGUAUGCUCAGCAAAGUUUCCAAAGGCAUGGACAGAGGCAUCAACUGUUCCACAAGCACUUGUUUCUAUCCUUUUAAGGUUACCCAACGUAAAAUUUGUGACUGUAACUUUAGGAAAAGAUGGUUGUCUAAUGCUCGAGAGAAGUGUUAAUGGUACAUCAAAAUGUCCUUCCGUCGAAGAUGUGGAUGUAGACAACUUAUUGAAAUCAUUGGAGUUAAGAAAGGAUAAGAGUGCAUCCAUUCCAACCUGCAUAUCAUCGUCAGUGGCAAAAUUAAAGGCAGAAGGAAUAGGAACGGUUACCGGGAAACUAUACAUCGGUACAGCUGAGAGCAUUCCACCAUCAGAGCUGAUUGAUACCACUGGUGCUGGGGAUGCAUUUAUUGGAGCUGUGAUCUAUGCUAUUUGUUCGAAGUUCUCACCCGAGAAAAUGCUACCCUUUGCUGCUAAUGUGGCAGGUGCCAAGUGCAGAGAUCUAGGAGCUCGAAGUGGUCUUCCAUACGGUGCACGCUUUGCAUCAUUUAUUCGGUAGAUUUUCUAGCAUUGAGCCAAUACAAGAGAAGAGAUGUCUUCAUUGGGAUAUUUAAAUGAAUUGCUUAUUUGUUGGAGUUAAUGAUCUUUAACACUUACCCUCCUCUUAGAAGUCUUGGCUUCUAGAUAUUUGAUUUUCACAUUUAACUCAAGGGAGGGGAUAUAUGUUCCCUGCUUCUAAAUUUUACCUUUAUUACUUCCAAUGUAAUUUCCAUCAUGGAUUGCAAUGAUGUCAGAUGAAAGUUUUAAAUGAGAAAUAAUUUUGUUAAAA